CACAGGGAAGAGGAUCCAGAAAUGUCCUCCUUGCUUUAAUUUGACCCUUGAAGGUUGCUGCAGUUCACAAGAAGUGCAUUGAAGGCAAACAAGUGAAGCAGGACUUCAGAGGUCACAAGCCAUGGGGAGCCCUCCCGAACCCCUGCACCAGCUGUGCCGCUCCUACAUCUAUGCCGUCCAUGGCUAUUUCCUAGAGAAGAUAUUUGCAGCCAUGGUGGGCGAGGACUGUCCCUUCCAACGAGCCGGCAGCCUGGGCUCCCUCUUGGUCUACGGAUGCUGCGGCCUGUCCUUAGAGUACAUCUACCUGGGGCUGAGGAGCCAGUGCUGCCUCCUGACUCGCUGCAUCAUGUAUGUUUUAUGCAUCUACCUGUGGGAGUUCAGCACAGGGGGCCUCCUGGGCUGCUUCAACGCCUGCCCCUGGGACUACAGCGAAUAUCGCUACAGCUUCAUGGGCCUGAUCGCCCUGGAGUAUUCGCUCUUCUGGUUCGUGGGCUCCCUUUUGCUGGAGAAACUGGUGAUCUGCAAUACCCUUCGGCUCAUGCUGGGUGAGGAGUGGAAACCCAAAAAGAGCCCUUUGGCCAAAUUCGAACUUAAAGAUGACUGAUGGGGGUCGGUUUUGGAAGGGGAGAAAUCAGGAGCGGGGCAGGAGUUGCAUCCUUCUCUCAAACCCAUCUUCUGUUUUUGAUAAGAGUUUUUGAUAAGGUCAAAAGGCACCGUCCUUGGAGGGUUUUCUUUUUGGCAACAUCCCCCCCCCCCGUCCUUUUCUCUGUUUUCUGGGGAAAUGGAGGAGGAAGGAGCAACUGGGAAUGUUGACCUGGCUCUGCGAGCCAACCUGGCCGAAGGGCCAAAGGUCUGAACUUGGAUGAAGGUCUCAACGCCAUGCCUUCUGUAUUCCCAUUUGGCUCAUCUCUAUGAGCUGUGCAUGUCAUUUAAAGAACUGAAAAGAUAAACCGUCAUCUAAAAAGAAAGAAAUCCCAAAGGGGAAAGGAACAUAGCAUGCCCAUCCUUCCUGCUCUGGAUUUGCCAUGGAAAAAGGCCCUAAAAACAAGACACACUUCCGACUGAGGUGUCCUAGUGGUGCCGGCAACUGAAGAUGGAGGCCGUCAUUCUUUUUAGGGUUCUUUCCCAAUGAAUGAACUUGAAGCAACUAGGCUUAUUAUUAAUAAAAUAUUAUUAAUAAAUUAUUUGUUUAUAAGAGGGGUUUAUAUUCUUGCUUUCAUAAACUAUAUAAGGGAGGUCGGGACCUGAAUAAGGCACUCCCCUUGCCCCUGUGAACCUGCCCACAAGCUCCUUUGAGGACAGAAAGGGCAUUUUUCCAGCAUUGGGAACUCACUGCCUCAGGAUGCCCCCUCUGGCCCACUCAUUCCUGGCUUUCCCGCAGUUGGGGAAGACCUACCAAUCUGUUCUGUCGGCAGACGCUCUUUCUUUCAGUGGAAAAAGCCUUUCCUAGGACAAGAUGCAGGACCUAAGCCUUUAUUUUAUUUUUUUAGGACUUUUGGCAGCAGCAGUUGGUUCUGAAUUUGAUUGCUGAUCUUAGUUCUGAUUUUACUUUUAGAAGGCAUGGCUGUUUUAUUGACCUAGGAUGCUCUAUUGAUGUUUCCUCUUGUUUUAUGCAUUUUGCAUUUUUAACUUUGCUGUAAGCCACACCAUGUUUUAGAAAUAAAUGCAUUCGAGUCACA